GCUGUAUACACGAGCAAUGCAUUGAAUGACGGAGAGCAUAAUUACAAGUGUGGAGUAAAGUGUUUACCGUCGUACGUGGACACGUAGGUAUGAUAAGGAGCCUGUUAACGUUACGUGUGAAUGGUACUGGAAUGUCAGCAGCCCUCGCAGCAACCAUCGUUGAUGUUAUACCUCCACAUUGCACCGUGGACAAGGUCGAUGGCCAUCCAGCUAAGCCCCAUGGCCCACUGCCCCAUCCACCAACGUCUAUGUGCGCCAAACGCGGCUCACUUCAUUGAUGAAGCGCAACUCGCUGGUCUACUUUCAGACGCAGAUGUCCCUGCAGCUCCAAGCAUCAUUGCAGAGCGAUGCAAGCAGCUCCAUUGGAGCACGUCAGCGGAGCGGCGAUUCGUACAAGCGCACGAAGAGGCUCUCUGUGCUGACGCUCACUCCCCUCCCCCUACAUUUGCCACCGCGCGACUGUGUUUUGACAUCUUCUAGCACGGUCCUCACACCGUGUUGCGCAAUGGAAACGAAUGCCUCGGAAGGGCGAUCGACUAGCGGUUCGGUGGUCGAAGCCUUUCGUCCCGCCGCGGCUUGCCGAUUAGUAUCGCGGAAACUCGUCGCCAUCAUCAAUGAUGCUCACGGCACGCUCUGUCCCCGCGAAGCCGCGCUCGGGCGACAUGCGGACGGCAGCGUCGCUUUUGGCAUACAACACCCCAGGGGCCUGGCAGACGGAGGGCACGCCUGCACUGAAUGGAUUAAGGUCGAACCAGUGGAGUGGAGACGAUGAGCACCAGGUUGGCCGACGUUCCGCCAUCCUAUGUUGCCCGCUUGAUGCAGCAGUAGUAUGGCAUUAGAUCGAUGUAAGGCGUGAAUGGUAGCAGUAUAAACGUAGCGGCACAAGUCGAACUUUCAGCCCAUCGGUCGUCUUGGCACCAGAGGCCGUCCGAAUGCUGUGUACAGCAAGAUGGGCGGGUGAGUUAGGGCGAAAGCGAUGCAGGCACAAACAACACGACGUGACGAAACAGAAGGGUCAAGUGAGGGCAAAAGUGGCGCUGGAGCUGACAUCAGCGUUAGGGCAAGUGACGACGAAAACAGGCAGCAUGUUGAAGAAGUACAUGACAGUAACGGGCUGCAAGACGACGGUGAAAAGCGACGUUGGCGCAGGGAAGAUCACACAGAGG